AUGCAUUCAUGUUGCUUUAAAACAGACUUGAACCACGACCUUGGAGUGAGAGGGGAAACAUGUCUAGUUUGGUCGGCUAACUUACGUGCACAGAAGAGAUUGGCCGCAUCCGUUUUGGGAUGUGGUGAGAGAAAGAUUUGGCUCGAUCCUAAUGAAACUUCAGAGAUUGCUCAGGCUAACUCCAGAUAUGCCGUCAAGAAGUUGUACAAGAAUGGUACUAUUGUGAAGAAGCCAGUUGUUAUGCACUCUAGAGCCAGUGCUAGAGCUUACACUUUGGCUAAGAGAGGUGGUAGACACAUGGGUUACGGUAAGAGAAAGGGUACCGCUAACGCCAGAAUGCCAUCCGAGGUUUUAUGGAUGAGAAGAUUGAGAGUGUUGAGAAGACAGUUGGCUAAGUACAGAGCUAAUGGCAAGAUCGACAGACACUUGUACCACUCUUUGUACAAGUCUUCUAAGGGUAACAUUUUCAAGCACAAGAGAGCCCUUAUCGAGCAUGUCAUCCAAGCUAAGGCUGAGGCUGCUAGAACUGCUGCUCUUCGUACAGAGGCCGAGGCCAGAAGACUUAGAAACAAGGCUGCUAGAACCAGAAGACAGGACAGAUUGGAUGAAAAGAAGGCUGUGAAGGCUUAA